CGCGCCCCUGCAUCAGUUGAGAUUCGGCUGUAGAAAGAAACUCCUGCUGAAUGGACUGAGAUCCACGUGACACUGUUAUGAAGAUGGCGUUUAUUAAAGAGGAGAGUGAAGACUUGAAGAUUGAAGCAUUCAGAGUCAAACAAGAAGAUAAUGAGGAACAAACAAACAUGAUGGCUCUGAAAGAAGAGAAUGGAGUAAUGAAAGAAAUCAAAGAGGAAGAUCAAUACAUGAAUCAUCAUGAUCUUAAAAUUGAAGAAAAAUCUUUUAGCUGUUCACAGACUGAAACAACUUCCAUACAGGAAAGGGCUCCAAAGACAGGCAGUGUAAGUUGUUUCACCUGCCAGGAGUGUGGAAAGAGUUUGACUCAUAAAGCAAGCCUUUUCAGGCACAUGCGAAUUCAUACAGGAGAAAAGCCGUUUACCUGCAAUCAGUGUGGAAAAAGUUUUAACCGAAAAGAAACCCUUGAUUCCCACAUGAGAGUACACACCUACACAUGCCCUCAGUGUGGAAAGAGUUUCAGCCAAAAAGGAAAAUAUGAAGACCACAUCAGAAUUCACAUUGAUGAGAAACCCUACAAAUGUCCUCAGUGUGGAAAGGGUUUUAUUCGAAAAGAACACUUUGAAGAGCACAUAAGAACUCACACUGGAGAAAAGCCUUUUACCUGCCAACAAUGUGGAAAUAGUUUCCGCCAAGAAAGAAACCUUAACAGGCACAUGAUAACCCACAUUGGAGAGAAGUCAUUUGUUUGUGGUCAGUGUGGAAUGAGCUUUAAAAAAGAAGCAGCCCUUAAAUACCACAUACAGAUUCACAUGAAAGAAUUGCUGAAUGUUAUCAGUGACAAUUCAAAGACAGGAAACAUCUGAGGAAUAAUGGAGAGAAGCCAUCACUAUGGAAAGACUUGCAAAACCAAUGCAAACCUUGAGGUUCACCUAAGUGACCGAUCCACUUACAGCUUCAAAUACUUGAGCAGCAGAUACAGCGAACACCCAGAGAAUAUUUACAUAUCUACAGUGACUAUGUAAAUAUGUUCUGGGGAUUUUCCUUUCAGUAACAAAAUAAAAGUGGUGAGAAAACAGCAUUGCAGUGUUGAAGUGGAUCUCUGCAAUGUAUGGAUUAUUUCAGUUGUGGCAGAAGAGGGCCAGGUUUAAUAAAUAGAGCAAAAACAGCAAGUUAAAGACAGCAAGUCAAAAAGCAUUGAUGGAAGUGAAGACUUCUCAUGAUCUACUGACAAUGCU